CGUGAGCCGAUGGAAUAGGGAUCUCUGGAGCGCGCGCCUGCUGAAUGGGCGGAGCCGGGAAAAAGGAAUGUUCUUCGUGUAACACCUUCAUGGCGUGAACAGGUACAGACAAGGGUCGCCAUUAACAUCUUAUCAGUCUGAAACGGACCGGACGCAGGUAAAUAGAAACUUAAAACUCGACCAAAACUUUCUGUAGGGUUAAGUAUGUCAGUGUUUUGUAAAACCAAGAGUUUGUUAUAGUUUAAAGAAGUUUUUCACGGCAGCUGUUGAUGGGUUUUACUGUAAAGCUCUGGGCGGGUCGACUCUCUUGGUGUUCCCAGGACACGCCAAAUGCCGUUUAAACUAUUGACAUUUCAUCUGAGAAUCAUCAACCGUAAAAUGCAGACACUUUUUGUAAAGAGUACUCAAUGUUUUAUUGUUGGUCCACAAUUCGGCAAUAACAUAUCUUUAAAAUUGCACCAAAUUACGUACAAACUUCACCAUUUGCAACCUUUUUUGGAGAGUAUUUUAAGGUCAUACAACCAGUACAACAAAGCACAGUGAUGAGAGGGUUUAUGGGAAAUUGUAUCUUGUAAAUCAGACAUUGAAAGUUAUGUUUCAUAAGUAAUUUUGAAAUUUGAACAGUUAUUGGCGUCAUGGCAGAGAGAGUGCAGUUAGCCUGGAUUACAUCAUAUUAAACACAGGAAAGCUGCAGAUUAGAGAUCUGAGCUAAAUCCUAAACCAUUGCACAGUAACUUCUAUUCAAAGGAAUAUAUCAAGGGUUGCAUAAGAGAUUUAGUAAUUCUGCAAUGCACCACAAGAUGGUAGGAUUAUACUUUGGGAUGCACGAAGGACUGAAUCAAACUACUACUUAAGCAGGCAGGAACUGUAGUCAGUUUUUUUAAAUCAUAUUAACUUUACAUAGUAUCUGAUGGGUUGCUGUAUUCAAAGAUAUUUAUCAGUAUUAUAUAUAUUAAAAUCCUCUGUAGAGAUGAAAAUUUCAGCAUCCAGCUAAUUCCCGGUAGAAAAAAAAUGUCAAAAAUAUCACAAUAUUAGGUGCAGAUCCCAAGCCUUGGGUCUGUAUGGCUGUUUGUGUUUAGAUAACAUUUAAAGCUCCAGUGAGGAACUUCAGAUUCAUGUCAAUUUUGAUGCCCACUGUGGAAAAUGCAAUCUUGGCUUAUCUUUUGCCCUUGUGAAAACUGUGAAAGUGUUUCUCCAGCUGCUUGGCUGACACCUACCCUCCCACACAGAUUUUAGGCUUUAAAAAUUACUAAAUGUAAUACAUUUAUUUUAUUUCUGAUGUACUAGUUAGUUUUUGUUCCCUCUAAAAAGGAAUCAAUAUGAAUAUCAGUCAAUUUCAGAAACUGCAAAAAACUACUCACAGGAGCUUUAAUGUUCAAAAAGUUUGGCUCGAUUGAUAAAAAAACACAAAUAGACACAUAUGAUGCCUUUGCGUACAUGUGUGUACUUGUGGCUAUGAGCAUAUCUUUGUUUCCUGUCUUUAAAAAUCAUUUCACAAUAUGUCAAAUAUAUCAAGUGUGAAGUGCUUUAACUUUAUUAAACCUUGAGGAUAUUGCUUCAGACAUAUCUUGACAUUUUCAUCAUAUUUUCUCAGUUUUCUUAAGAUAUUCAUGUCAUAGAAAACUGAACUCUUGACCUCAGUGGAGGGCUGCACUCUCUGAGCAUCCUUCCAGCUGUUUGUGAAACCAAGUUGCCAAGAACACCGACUAAAUUGCCCACACAUACACUUCAACUUGGCUUCCCUGAAGCUGAAUCAAACUGUCAUACUUGAGGCUGAAGUUUGCAGAGAAGCAGAAAAUAUGAGAGGCUGUGGUGAGUGAAAAACAAGGAACUUUGUGGAUGAGGUUUAUCUGUUUAUUGUUUAUUACAGAUUCAAAAAAGAACCGAUUUACGUUAGUUAACAACAUGCGGUUACAUUUUAAUGAGGUGGUGCAAAAAGCCAAUUUUCCAGCCUGCUUGUAACUCCAUAUUACUUCAGUUUACAAGUCCAGCUCUGGUUGUAACAGGGUAGAGUGAACAUAAACAGAAUGCUUCAGAGCUAAUCAAAGGAGCGGUGUAUACAGUCACUUUAUUCCCCUGCAGAUAUAGACGCAGUAUGGGAGCUAUAUAGUUAGAGAAUGCUGUAUUGAGGCAUAAAACAAACAUUAUAAAGCAGAGUGAGGUUUUCUUUACCCUCCUCUGCUCGCUCUCCUCUGUGUCUUCACCCCGGCGUAAAGGUCCUCACUUUCUGUAUGUCAAUUACUCCACCGGGACCUCGUUACUUCCCCCGUCAAUCACCAGCCCCCCUUAAUUAACACAGGAUAUUACAUUCCUGUAUUUAUAACCCAAUAACUAGACUGGCCUGCUGAAAAGGUCACAUCAACAGUUUAGCAAUUUUUGCCCUAUAGCAGCGCGGCCCAGGAGGAUACAGCUGAAAAAAGAGCCAAAUGAACCGAAAAGACGAAGAAGCGACUUUUUUCCUGAACUUUUACUUUUUCAGAGUCGGUUGAUUUCACCUAUUUAUUGAAAAAGUUGAAAAAGUUCAACGCUGAGGAGUCUGUCAGCCGUGCUCAGCUAUUUGUCAUAAUGUUCAGGUUGUUGGAUUAAUCGCUGGAAAACAAGUCAGUUAGACAGGGACGCCACAUGAGAGGAAAUUCAAUUCAAAAGUGCCAAAAAUCAAGAGAAAAGGACAUUUAUUUUGAUUUUUGAGAUUCAACAACAGAGAUCUCUGCUGAUGUGCCUGAGGCGGACUGAGCAGGAGGACAGCUCUACUGUCACAAAUAUACUGGUGGUCACCCAACUGUGUCCUCAUUAAGGAGAUCUAGCAACUCAUUUUGGCUUUUGACUGAAAAACAUCACCAAAAAUUUAACAACAAAUUAAUGUUUAAAAAUGAGCAACACAAAACCCAAACACAUAAUCAUUAGUAAAAGAAUGACUUAUUUAGCUUUAUUUGUGAUCAUAGCAAUAUGAACUUGUGGUAGGAAACUUACUUGAAGCUGCCGUAAGGAACUUUUGUUUUUUGCCAGCUUUGGCGCCCCCCUGUGGACAAAACGGGCCCUGCUUACGUGUGUCAUUUUGCAAAAGAAAUCUCCUCGGCACACAGGAAUAUUUAUUGUUUUCUUGCACCUGUUUUAGGCGUAAAAAUGAUGAUACACAAAUUGUUAAUCUUUUGAGUGAUACUUAGUUUUCAGUUAUACUUCUACGCUUUGUUUGUCUUGUCUACUGUUGUGGUCUUUUAUAUCUUGUUUGCACGAAGUGAAAUUUCCUUUAUAAACCCCUCCAGGUUUCUUUAAUCUCACCUGCACACCUGGUUUGUUGUAUUUAUGCUGUUUUUUCCUGCGUGUAUAAUUGUGCAAAUCAAUUAAUAAAAAUUAAAAAUAUUUUUAUUUUUUAAAUUUUUUAUUUAUUUUUUGCUUCAGGUCCUCUUCAGUGAUGGUGCUGUCAAAGAGAGUGUCGCUGUGGUCUGUCGAGGAGGUGCUGGAGUGGUUGCAGGAUCAGCAUCCAGCCCACAUGGGCACACUUCAGAAAGCCAUCAUGAAACAUGCAAUCUCAGGUGCAGCUUACUUAUCAGGCACAAAUGUGAAGUGAUGAAUCUCAGCUUAUUAAGAUUUGAUAAACUGGUUUACACUUUUGAAUAACUGUAACUCCUGUCGACUGUCUCCAGGCCGUGCGCUGCUCAGACUGAAGGAUUAUCACCUGGAGGUUCUCGGCGUGGAGGCAGAGGAGCACCAGCAAGAGAUCUUGCAGGACCUCCUCCUCCUCAGAGUACAAGAAGAAAUUGAUGAUCUCAAUGACAUCUGCUCGGGUGAGCAUGCAAAAUGACAUCAUCUUCAGGGUGCAGCGAAGUGCAAGAAAACUUAUUCAGAGAAGUAGAAAAUCGCUGCUUUCUCUAACACUGCAUUUAAAAUAUGUUAAAAUAUCAGCAGAAGUACUUUGGUCUGGUUUCAUCAUAUUUUAUUUGUAAUCAAUAUUAAAUAUAUCUAAGUCUCCAAACAAAGGCAGCCCUCAAGAUUAAUGUUCUUAUCCAUGCACAGAAUAAUUUGUGUCCAUUCAAAGAAACUAGCAGCUCACAUAUAUUUCAUUUCUUCUCUCCUCUCCCCAGAGUGUUUUUCUCCAUAACAGGAAAUAGAUAUCUACAGAAGAAAUGCGACACACUUUUCUUAUUUCCCAUCCAUCCAUUCGUCCAUAAGAAGGAUGGAAAUAACAAGAGAAGGUGAAGAGACAGAAGAAUCAAUGAGGAAAGACGAGAAAGAAACCUAUUUCCUGUGUGAAAUGUGAUCGCUACAGGCGGAUGAGAUUAGUUUUUGUCUGGGCGUCUUUUUCUGAUCCCUGCUGUCCAUUAGUCUCUGUCUUUGUUCGGUGUCUAUGGUGGAUUAUUUGGAGCUUCACCUACAGGAUGGCAUUUUUUUAUGUGUGUUUUUAUGUCCACUGUUUUGGUCUGAGUUAUUUCAAUCGAUACAUUAUGAAUAAUCGUUGACUGAAUACAGAUUUUAACAGCCCUCUGACUCUGGUGAUCAAAGUCUUGAUGGUGUGUGGCAUAAACCGGGCUUUAAUCUACUGACAUCCACGUGUUGCAGGCCAAAACAAACCCUUUCUGCUCAAGUCAAAACUUCAACCACUUCAAACAUCUCUUCUCUGUAGUGCUUCAUAGUGGAAUAACAUUUUGACAAAUUCCCAUAUUUGGGCUCCAGUGACUUUACUGAAAAUCUGCUUUUUUCCCCACAGUGUUUGAGCAGUUGCAAGUCUUUGCACAAGGAGCAGGUGAUGGAUUGUGUUGUUUUCUUUGCUUACUCUGAGUUAGAAAACAGCUUUUACAAGCCAAGUGUAUCCAAUAAGUGCUGGGUUUUCAGUAAAGCUGAUUUAAUACUGGUAUUUAGUGCUAACUCUGGAUAACAGUGACUGAGGUGAACCUUCAUGUACCUCAUAUUCAUAAAGAAUUCAUCUGAUUUAAACAGAUGGUGCUUCACUUCUACGUUUGGUGGAUGAUCUUCAACUCACUGAAUGUCUCCACCAAAAUCUUCCCCAGAACUUUUGAGACUCUUAAAUUCUGUUCAGUAUAAACUCCAUAGAUCACAGAUUUUCUGUUAUCGACUCAAUUUAUUUGCUGUCCAUCUCCAUGCCUGUGUUGAAACCUCCACCUGAACACUGUAAUAUUUGACUGAUUAACCACAAACAGUCCUUCUGUAUUUGUUUUCGUAAGUGGAAAUUACUCACUGAAAACUGUUCAAGCUUUAGUGCUGUUGUACUUUAAUGUCACUGCAUGUACUUUUGUGAUUACGGUGAAACUUUUCAGAAACUUGUCCUUUAACUCAAGUGGUCCUUAAACCUUCUCAGGCCAGUUUUUGCAUUGCAUUUAUGAUGUUGGUCUACUUCUAAUGUGUAUUAUGAGCAUCGAUACCACUGUGCGUUGCUUUUAGUGAAAUUAUAAUUGUUUUGAAACAUUUUCUUUUGGUCUUGUUCUCGUCUGAUUGGCUGAAUUAAAUGGCUGCUAUGAUGUCAGGAUUUA